GAAUCUCACAUAUCAAUAAUUCAGGCGCGCGCGACGGAGCUCCCUCCCGCGCGCUAUGACUUCUGCUGCCUCGUCACUCGUGCAGGGCCCCUCCGCAGCGCGCGCCACUCCCGCGUAACCCGCGUGUCUCCAGGUGACAGCAAAGAAAAAGAAGAAUUAAAAAAUAAAAAGAACGAGAAGUGAGGAAAAGUGGGAAUCUGAGCGGAGGGAAGAAGCCCCCCCACCCAAACAAAUAAACAGUCUGGUUCCCUCUCACAGAAAGAGGAGAGUUGCUUGUCAAAAAGAAAACGGAGUGCCACCUUAAAUCAAAGACCUCCUCGCGCCUCAUCACAGGAAAACACCGGGACCUGCUUCUUCCGCCUGACUUUGUUUUAAGGAGGAUCAGACCAGACCCAUCGACGCGGAGAAGUUGCUCCUGCUCCGGUAUGUUGGCGCUUUGCCUGCUCGGCGCCGUGUGGCUCGCGGCGGCUCCGGCCCGCGCGCAGAACGAGACGGAACCGAUCAUCCUGGAGGGGAAGUGUCUGGUGGUGUGCGACUCCAACCCCGCCGCCGACCCCACCGGCACCGCGCUCGGCAUCUCCGUGCGCUCCGGCAGCGCCAAGGUGGCGUUCUCCGCGGUGCGCAACACCAACCACGAGCCCUCCGAGAUGAGCAACCGGACCAUGGUCAUCUACUUCGACCGGGUUCUUGUAAACGUUGGGAAGAAUUUUGACGAGGAGAGAAGUAAUUUCAUCUCACCACGCAAAGGGAUUUACAGUUUUAACUUCCAUGUGGUGAAAGUCUACAACCGCCAAACUAUACAGGUGAGCCUGAUGCACAACGGCUGGCCGGUGAUCUCGGCGUUCGCGGGCGACCAGGACGUGACGCGCGAGGCGGCCAGCAACGGCGUGCUGAUCCAGAUGGAGAAGGGAGACCGGGCCUACCUCAAGCUGGAGAGGGGAAACCUCAUGGGGGGAUGGAAAUACUCCACCUUCUCCGGCUUCCUGGUGUUUCCCAUGUAGAGGAGACCGGAGAGGAAGAGGAGGAGGAGCGAGGGGUGGAGCCGAAGGAGGAGCUGGUUGGAAGAUGGAAAUUACGACGAAGGUGGGGAAUGGAGAAAGAGAAAAAAACGGACGUGAAUGAGACGGCCUUAAAGGAGGAGAAGAAGGAGGAGGAAGAAGAAAGAAGAGGAGGACGUGACAAGAGACUUCUGUUUGGGACGCUGCGGAGGGUGGAGGAGAGAGGACGGAGGGAGGUGUUAGAUGUAAGAGCAUGACACAGAAUGAUUAAACAAGGGUAACGCGAGAGGAGAAUGGUGGAGCCACAGCUUCUUCACUUCCCCUCCUCCUCUCAUCCAUCCUGUCAUUCAUCCUUUUCCUCUGUUUUCUCUGUGGCUCGACUGCAGCUUUGGACAGCCGAAACUUUUUUUAUUCUCCGCUGACAGACGCAAAUUGAUCAUUUUAUGUUCCAGAGUGUUUUAAAAGCCAGACUGUAACCCCCCCGUCCCCCCCCGUCCCCCCCGGGUCAUCAUUCAAUCAUUAAUUCAUCGAUCUCCAUCGAUCGAGGCUUUGAAGAAUGUUUCUCGCAGAACUGCUCCUGUCAUCUUCCACUUACUUUACUCUUUGUUUUCAUAUCCUAGACGUAAAUCGACCUGAUUCUGGAUCAGCCUCCAUCACAAAGCCAAGCUAGAACAUUUACCUCCGUGUCAGCUUUGUUUUAUACUUCUAUAUAAACCGCUGUCUUUUCCUGAUUCCUAGACAGUCAAGUGUCCCUCUCCCAUUCUUCACUCCGCCCGCUAACUUCUUACAUAUAGUCCCGCUCCUGUCCCCUGCUGUCCUGUCAGUCUCGUCCCUUUUGUCUUGGACUCAGACGUCUCGGCUCCGAACAGCAGCCGGCAGUAAUGGUAAAUAUUUGCUUGCCAGCUGCGAGCAUCAAACACGACUUCAGAUCUAAGAAUAGUCGACCGCGGCGUCCAGCUGUGACUCACAGAAAACACUUAGUGAACGAAACAACAGCUGACGUCUUUUCAGUCUUUGAUGAAAAACCAGUAUAUGAAAAUUUAAAUGCAUGUGCAACUAAAAGAUAAAAUAUAAAUCAAGUAGAGUUUCCCUGAGUUUUCUACAAACAAUCUCUUUCUAAACUGACGCCUCCCAGACGAGGAAACAUUCACAGAGACAUUUACCAAGAAGCCAAAUGUUAAUAUUUAAUGCAUCCCCCCCCACGGCCGAUUAACCUCCUGCAGGGUGAAAUGUUAAUACUCAACAUGUUUUGACUGCUGAGUAGUUUUCAGCUCUGAACAGUCAAUCCACUGUUUAAGAAAGUAAUUAUCAGAUGAAUCGAUACAGAAGCUUGUUGCUCCUUUAACAUUCCUGAACAUGCAGAAUCUCUACAUAUACAGAAGAGUUGAUAACCAGAGGAAUUUCAGAUCCACACUUAAAUAUAGACGUAUUAAAUCCCCCCCCCCCCCCCCCCCCCACGACUCUCUUGUGACUGUAUCUAAUGAAACUAAUAUCAGUAUUGACAGAAGUCGCACUCAGAGUAUUGCUCUACUUUGCUACUUCAGUGUUUUUAUCGUCUCUCUGGCAGCCGAACAAACGUUGGAAUCGACCUCCAUUCUGUCCGACCAUCCCUUCUCCACACCUCCACCUCCCUCCCUCCCUCCAUCCCUCCUCCACACCUCCACCUCCCUCCCUCUCUCCCUCCCUCCGUCUGUCUCUCCAUCCCUGCUGCUGUGCUUCACAGCCACACCCCUCCUCUCUCCUCUCGACUAUGCUGUUUACCCACAAGUGCAGAUUUCUCUCUCUUCCUUUAUUUAUUUUUUUGUACGCCUGUGUUCCCCCUCUCCCAACCCACCCC